AUGUCUUCUAUGUUUCACGAAUCUGCGUCCAGUUUCACUUCUGAGUCGGAAGAGGAGAAGAGAGCUCAGAGAUUAGCUUCUGCUCGUAAGAAGUUGCAGACUUUUCGAGCAUCACGCUCUUCUGAACAGUCAGAUGUACCUUCAAUCGCUUCUUCUUCCUCCAAACCACCCUCGCCUACAAAGAUGAUGCCUCUCACUACUGAAGCAAGCAUUAAUUCUCCCUUUACAUUUCCGCCCUCUCAUUCCCGAUCUUCCAGUAAAGGCAAGGACAAGGAAGUGGAAACUGACAUACCUGAUAUCAAACACACCGGAGGACAUAAGCAUCGACGUUCGGAUAGUCAGGCUCAUCGACGUCAGAGAUCAUCCAUUGCUAUCCCAGCUGGUAUGACUACGGGUCAAGGGUUGACGAGGCCUUCGGUCAUGGGUGUCUUCGAUGGUGCGAUAGACAGACCAACUACUCCCAUGGCAAGCCUUCUCAACUCACCAGAGGUGUCCAGUGAUUCAACUACUUCCCCAGAUGACAACCAAGAAGAAAUAGCUGCUAGACUAUCGUCCUUCUCUUUCGGUGCUAAGCCUCCCAUGUCAACUUUCCCGCCUAAAAGAAGGCAACAGCCUUUCGUACCUUCUCCAUCACUGUUUGAGCAUGAUGCUAUGUCAUCACCCCUAGCCUCUCCCACCUCAUCAGUAUCUGCACCGAACCUCAAUCGCCUAUCUACUCCUUCCUCUCGACCGCCUAGCCUCGUAUUCACCCAUCCUACCCCGCUCUCCUUGGGUUCACCCGCACCCUCUGGUCCGUCCAGGGCAAGUCUCGCAAGUCUGCCUUCUUCGCCUCCCACUCCAGCCAGGAGAAAACAUUCCCAUACUCGUUCAAACUCGAUUUCGUUGCCUAAUUUGAAGAUGGGAGGAGCAAGACCUACUUCGUUAGGGAUCCCACCUCCUACCAGUAUCCCAUCCUCACCCCGUUCGCCGGGCAGUGGUGGAGAAGGCACCUCUCGAUCGAGCUUGUCGAGUCCAAUCACCGGUCAAAGGCUCAAGUUCGAACCUUCUGGUCGAGGGGCAGAAGCAGAGAAGGACAGAUCGGAGUCUCGCAGGAAAGCUCUCGAAAAACUUACCGGUGCUCCUAGCCUUUCCAGGUCCCCUGUCUUUGAACCUCAAGUAGCUGAGAUCAGUCUUCCUGAUUUGGAUGAUGAAGACACAUCCUCUGUCGCGUCUUCCAAUCGACCUUUAUCUGGCGUGUUCGGAUCAGGAUCAGGAUCAAGCUUUUUCAGUCGACCCUCAUCACUCACUCUCCCUCCAUUGACUGCGUCAACAGCAUCGACCUCAUCUGCUUUAUCGGCCUCUCCAUUUUCUUGGUCUUCACCCAAUGAGCAACAAUCACCUGUAGAGCGAUGGUCAGGAUUCGGCUUUGGCUUGGCCAAAGAGUAUGGCAAGGACGAUGGGAUGAGCUUUGGAAUGGACGUGUCUACCGCCAUGGCUAAACGACCGUCCAUCACUCGACAACUCAGCGCUCUGGCUGAGGUAGACGAAUCAGAAGAAGAUGAGAUGGAAUUUGAAGACGAAGCGAUCGCUGUCGAUAUGAUCAGGAGUCUUUCUGAUGGAUCUGAAGGCGAUUCCUCAUAUCCUGUUGAACCUACUCCAAACCGAUUACGCGAACUUCGUCUGGGAUCUUCCAUCUCAUCAUCUACACCUCGUCAAGAUUCAUUCGACACGGUCCACACAUUUUCUUUUCCUCGACAAUCUAGCACUUCGCCAUCCGCAUCGUCACCUACAAAAGUUUAUGGUUCUAUAGGUCGUGGACGACCUAAACCUUUGACAAUGGGAUCUACUUCCUCCACACCCACGUCCAUGUCUACACCUAAGUCAGCGGGAUUCUCGGCACGCAAAAGAGCGGCACCAGGAUCCGGGUCAAGGGGAAGUAGCAUUUCGUAUAAAAAAGAUGAUAGUUCAUCUUCAUCUCAUGACCUAUCAAUUGGAGGAAGCCGGAACGUGUUUUCACCUGAAGCUCUUUCACCUCCACUUGAAAGUCCUCGAUUUGCUGGAUGGGGAAAUAGCACCAAGGCCAAUUUACGACCAUGUCCUCGUCCGAGAACAUUAGUUGGAUUAGGCAUAGAUAGUGCUACCUCAGGGAGGGUAUUAGGGGAACUCGAGGAAGCAGAGGAAGAAACUUCACCCAAUCUAGGAUCAAUGUGGACUUCCCCAAUCCCUGAUGAUGCAGACAUUCCUCGCCCUUACGCAGGAUACGGAUCUCAUGAUGCCGAAGCAAGAAGGGACAGCUUUGCAGAAGAAAGCGAAUGGCGAGACGUGCAGUUGGAUUUGGAGAUGGAACGAGAAGCCCUCAAAGAAGAUGUGGCAAUGUGGAAACUGAGAUGCGGGAUCUUGGAAGACAAGUUGGCUGUAGAGCGAAAGGAAAGCUCUACCCUCAGGGAUAGGGUCCGAAAACUUGGUGAUCGUCUUUCGAGUGUAUCGUCUGUCCCUACCGAGCGGUCGUCUUCCGAGUCUCAUGCAGUCGAAUCUAGAUUGAUCGCCGAAAUGAGAGAGCAGCUUUUCAAUCUCACUACAACUCUUGAAGCUGAACGUAAGGCUAAAGAAGAGGCUUUUGUCAGAUUGGCAGAGAACGAACGUUCAUCUCAGAAAUCGUACGACGAAUCGGAAGACGACGAGCUAUUACUCACCGCUCGACCCGAUCAGGAAGGUCCAUUCCAACAGGUCAUUGCAUCCCCAAUAAUCACACCUCCAUCUCCCUUGCCUCCUAAUAUCAUGUCCAGUGGAAUCACGACACCAUUGAAAAUCUCACGGGAUCCAAAUCUGGCAAGAAUCAAAGGAUGGGGAUUCCCAAAAGAACCAUCAGUCUCACCUCCUUCUAAAACCGAUAAAUCAAAGAAAAGAGAAUCAUUCUUUGGGCUAUCAACUGUCCUAAAACGGAGUGUUUCGGCGGACGAAGCUGAGAUCCAUAAUGGCGUCGAUCUACCUUGUUUCUCACUUCCAGAAUCAACAUCUACAUCCACUCCCUCGGUUGGUAAUCUAGAUUAUCCUACCUUGUUUGCUUUUAAUCAAAAUCAAUUUGCGGACAGUCCAAGAGCUGUAUCUGAUCCCAUACCAACGAAACCAAGAUCCAAUUCGAUAGAGACUACUGCUUCAUUGAGUGUAACAGCGAAUGGGACGGGUACAGGGUUCACUUCUUCAGCAGUAUCAUUCUUAUCUUCUUACUUACCGCACAAAACGUCCUUGGACGAACCCAGAAAAGAGAAAAAGUCGUAUACAUCUAGAUUUAUCCACAAGGAAGAACAGAGAAUACCUGAAAAAUCAAAUAUUGCUCAAAUGGAUUUUCGACAUGGAUGUAGAUGCUGUGUUGGUGCUGUCAUCGAGUUGUAA